GAAGAAGAAAUGUCAACGGAACUGGCGGGGAAUUGAAGUAGGUUUUCGGUUCUGUGUAGUGGGUGAGAAACCGCGACUGGCCGGUCAGACCUGUCGUUAAGCUUCAGCUGUGGAACUGAAGGUCACCGGCAUGUUUCUGAGUCGGUUUGACGGUCAGUCGAGGCUGCUGGUUCGGUCGCUGCUGUCGGGAGUCUCCGGGGCUCACAGAGCUCUGGCCGUCCUCCACAGACAGCAGCGGGCUAAAAGCGACACCUCACUGGGGAACCUGCUGGAAACACUGUGCCGGGACGAAGUCAGCCGACCGGAGGAUGAAACCGAGCCGCUGACUGUUAAACCUCUAGUAUGCCUGUUUCCAGCGUUAUUCAAACAAAACCUGCUGUCCUUCAUCUAUCUGGUGCGCUCCCUUCUUCCUGCGACUGCCGUCCACCGUCUGCUCAAGUGUCUCAGCCAAGACUCUCAUCCAAAGCCCUGGAUCACGGCUCUGGGUAGACAGCUGGAGAGGAACCUGGGGACCUACCAUAAGGAGCCUCUGUAUACUGAACAGUGCAGCUGGAGACUGACGGAGCUGUCACAGCGUUUAGUCGGUUCUGGUGAGACUGGAGGAUGGGCCGAGUGCUUCAGCAGUGAACCAGUAGAAUCUGAAUCUCAAAGCGUGGCUGAUUUAGCCGAGCUGGGGACACAAAGGAAAAGAAAAAGCAGUUUAAUCAAUCUGGAGUCAGAUGGUGAAGAAUUGGGAAGUCAGAGUAAAAGGAUGAAGAUCUGUGAGAAUGAUGGGGUGGAUGUAGCAGAACAGAGCAUAAAAACAGGGACACCAGGAGGAUCAGAAAGUGAUGCUGCAGCAGAAACUCCUGCACCAGUCAGUCACUGUGAUGCCCUGCCUGAACACAUAAAGGUUUCUGUUCUUCAAAUAAAAGAGUUACUAGACAGUCAGACGGAGUGGGAUCAGAGCUCCACAGAUGUGUUCAAAGUGCUGAACGACUGUGACCCGAGCCAAGUGGAGGUGUUAUGCAGCAUGCUAAGUUUGCCCAACCUCCUGGAGCAGACUCUGCCUAAACUGUGCAGCAGCGUUCUGGCUCUGUCUCCUGACCUGAGCUACAGCACAGCAGCGACACUCAUCAAGAGCCUGCUGCUGGAGAAGGUCCUGUCCCUGUCAGAACCGGCCUCCAGGUGUCUGGUUACCUCGGUGACGUCACUGUGCAGCCAGUAUCCCAGACCGAUGUGCCACGCUCUGAUUGGACCGGUGCUGGAGGACGAGAAGAUAGGGCCUCCGCAGGCCGAGCUGCUGAACAGACUGAUAGAAGGUUGUCUGGAUUCCCAUUACAGACUGCUGGUGUUUCAAAUGACCUUCAGAAUUGCAUGGAGCGAGGCCGUGCUCUCCGUUAUUCACGGCUUGCUGGACUCCAAGCCCGUCUUGAGUGAAGAACUUUUCACGCAAUUCACUGAGCAGCUCGUCAGCCAGGGUCCUCAAUUCACCAAGUCUGUGAAGUUUGCAAAAAUGAUGCUAACGGUCCUCACCAAAUACAGCGCUAAUGUGACAGCUGUGCACAAACAGUCCCUAACCAGCUGCCUGAUGUUAAAUGAGACUUUCCUCAAGAAGUCCCUGCAAGCUGCCUUGAAAAGAAUCACACACACAUGAAUGUUUCCUCUGACCUAAUGCACUUUAAUAAACUAUAUAAUAAUUAUAUAAUA